GCUUGUACUUGGAUCCGUGGGAUAUUCACUGCCCAGAGCUAUACUAUACAACCGCACUCACACAGAGAGAAAAGGCUUGAUACCUGCUUCUUCCUCUUCAUCUUCUCUUACUACUCCUCAGCAACACAUUCCCUGGCCUCUCCAUCUUCUUUCACUCUUCUCACCUUGACCUGCCUUGACAUCUACUUCCUCUACCUCUACUCAGCUUUCUCCUUACUUACUUAUACUCUUCACAUCUCCUCUACUUCUUGUUCACACUCUCCAGCUAUCGACUUGUUUCUCCUUCCACUCAGUUAAACACCAUACAUACUUCAACACCCUGCAUAUCACUCUUUGCUGCACGAUGCCUGUGCGCUGGACUCCCGAAAAUGAUCAGCUGCUUUUGCUGAAAAUACUUGAAACUCAUGAACUCUCCGUUGAUACGAACAAGGUUGCUGCAGCUUGGCCCGGCACUGAUGAUAAUGAGAAGCCGACUCCACGUGCGAUCAGAGAACGUCUCGUCAAAAUGCGCCAAAUAGUAAAGGCUUCUGGCAGCGAUGGUUUCAGCAUUGGCGGCAGCGAGACCUCCACCCCCAAGAAGGCCAAAAAGAAUGCUACUCCCAUCAAGACCCCCGGUUCCAAGCGCAAGCGCGGUGGGAAAGCCAGUACCAUUGCUGAUGUUAAUGAGAACACCACCCCUCUUAAAAACGAGGAGAAUGCAAUCAGCCCAGUCAAGAUGGAAACCGCCGAGGACGAGAUCGACACGCCUACCAAGAAGAACCCGCUUCACCCCACUCUUUCAGGAAAUCAGGCCCAGAUCCAGAGUGGCUUUGUGAAGACCGAGGGAUCUGAUGAAGCCGUCUUUGGUAUUCUGAGCACUCCUACCAAACGUUCCCGCAAGGCGAGCGUUCUUCCUGCGGGUAUGGUCAGUUUCGAGGGUGACGAGCAGGGAGAAGAUGAUCCCGAGAGCUCUGCUUCGGAGUUCCUUCCUGAUGAGGCGGGUGUGAAAAUGGAAGAUAUGGACAUGAUGAACUUUGCUUGAUUCGAUGCUCCUGGGCUGCAUGGUUCAUGGCUUUCGUGCCUGGGAGUUGGCCGCUGGUUUGGAAACUGCGAGGGCAGCAAGGUCUACUUAUUCUUCCUGUAUCUAAGAUCGUGACAAGCACGCUAU